GCGUCCCUCUGCAUACAAAUAAACUGUCGACUGAAACACAGAAAAGGCAGAGGAGAGGCACAAGAGCACUCGAGCAGGCCGAGUGCCGAGUGCGAUAUCCCGGUUUUUGUUUCUGCCUUUCCUCGUCGUAGCGCUGUUGAAUCCAACCUUCUGUGGAAUUCUAAUUUAUGAACAAUAACAGUAAAUUAUUUCACAGUGGACCCAGGACGCUAGAAAUAGCCCUGAAAUAUUGAACAUGUGAGUUAAAAAAAAAAAAAAAAAACGUUAAGGAGAAGGGCGUAAGUAUUUCGAUGGAAACUGGAUUAUUUCAUGAACACAAAUUCAGUGAGAAAAAAAGGACGUAGGCUACGCGUCAAAUGGAAAUUGUAUAUCCAACUUAAGGAAUGUUAUCUCAACAAUUUAUGAAACUUAAUACUUUAUCCUUCUAAAAAUGGAUUUGAUGGCAAUACUACAUUGGAUGGAACAAAUGCUUCUAACCUGUCUUUCAUCUGAACUGCGUUCGAAGUCUCACCCAAUGUCAAAAGUAUUGAAUUACUUUCCAGCAAACCGGUAACAGGCAUCUUUCUGCUCGAUACAAACACAUAUCUCACGGAAAAGAAUUGGCAAUGUAUGGUAAUUCGUUUAUCCGCGCGUAUUAAUAUGUAUCAAUUGCUUGUAAGCAGAUCUGCAAUUGCACCAGGAUGGAGAGAUCUCGGCGCUGGAGAUGACGCAAAUGACCCAGCUCCACCAAAAAGUGUUUCAAGACGAACAUGGCGGCAACUUAAGACAGGACCAAGAUGACUGUGGAUAUCAAAAGAAGAGAUCCAAGGCAGUCUGCCCAGAUACAGAACAGAAAAUCACCUGGCUAAAACAAUAAGACCCUGCUUUUUUCUCGCUGGACUCCAGAACAGGCGGCUUGUGGCUGUUUUACUAUAGCUGGUCUACGGAAAGGCAGAGCGCUCAGCCCAGGAGAGAGGGAGAGAGAGGCAUGUUGUCACAGAGAACUAGGUUUUUUCUCCGGAGAGCCAUGGAGAACGCGGAUAUGACAAUGCCUGGCUUAAUCUCUUUGGAUUCACUAAUUGAAUGGGAAUAGGAGAUCGCCGCGGAGAGAAGCCAGGAUCACUUGAAAUCCAACGUUUAAGGGGAAAUAACACAAGACAAUUCCUAAGUCAAUGAAUAUUGUGGCAAAGGAGCCCUCACGGUGGAGUCGGCCGGUGUUGCGCUUUCCCAAAAUAUGACCAGGGGCGCUUGGAUGUGUCGGCAGCAAGAUGACGGCUUAAAAAUCUGGUUUGCACCCCGGGAGAACGAAAAACCAUUUACUGAUCCAGAAAGGGCCCAGAAAUGGCGACUGUCCUUAGCAUCCCUCUUGUUUUUAACCGUUCUGCUAUCUGAUCACUUGUGGUUAUGCGCCGAGGCUAAACUGACACGGACUCGAGAGAAGCGCCCGGACAAGUUAGCAUUCACGGACAUGGGCGAUUACCAAACCGUCAACCACAUACUUUCACCCAACCUUCAUUCACCACACAGCAACCUCACGAAAAAGGGAAAUGCUAUUUUUAUAGGGAAUUCUACCAAACGUUUGUGGCGCCUAGAAACUUGUCAUCCCGAUAGUUUAUCUAAAAACUGCUAUACUUUUGACGAUGCCGAACCUGUGUGCAGGGGCCUUUCCGAAACGCAGGGGACGCAGUCGGUGGAUUUGAAUUUAAGCGAUUUUUAUCUUUCUUUUUGUAAUUCCUAUUCUCUUUUGGAUUUGUUUUACGGGUUGUCGAGUCCGGACAAUUUGAACUGUAGCCUUGACAUGAUUAUGGAUGGCAAUCUAGUAGGCUGCAGUCAGUGCGUCCAGGCGUACCAACGCUAUGACCAGCACGCUCAGGAGAAAUAUGAAGAGUUUGAGGUUAUGAUUCAGAAAUAUGAAACGGAUGUAUAUUCGGUGAGGACAUGCAUGGAAGAGUGUAAGGUUGCAUACAAACCUUGGCUGUGCUCCCAGUACUUCCAGGUGACGCAGAUGCAUUGCAGCAACAAGAUCUCGUGCAAGCAAUACUGCCUGGAGGUCCAGCAGAGAUGCCCGUUUAUACUGCCGGACAAUGACGACCUCAUUCACGGAGGAAGUCCCAGUUUUAUAUGUACAGGGCUUUUACAGAAACAGUCGACCAACACGGAAACAGAGUGCUGUGAUGUCCGAUGGGACUUCAAAGCGGACAGCCAAUCCAAAGGGACUUUUAAGAGGACUCACCCCUCUUGUCACCACCGGACGUCGGUCACGACAUCCGCGGCGGCCAGACUGUGUAACAGCAGGCUCAAGCUCUGCGUUCUGGUCCUGGUCCUCAUACUGACCGCAGCACAGAACUCAACAGGGCUCGCCAUUGGGUCAUUCUCAGCAGUGGAGGAGAGCUCCACCAAUGAGGAGUGAGGGGAACAUCCCCCUUCUGCUGGGAUCAGAGGAACGUGUCAAUCACCUCCCUCCCCCCCGCGCACGGGCUCCCCCGAAGGCGCCACCCAGCCUAGGUCUUGUGGGUAACAUCUGCAGGAUCUUCUGGGUAAUGGGAACGGGGAAAACAGAGUGUAUGACUGGAAACGAAGGACACACAAACUAAAAAAAGAACAAGAAAACACCGCAGCCUUUGUAGAAUACAAAUGGCUACUUCAGAGCUGAGUUCUCUCACAACAUUUUAUACGUUGUGUUCAACUGUUUGAAUUGUGUUUUGCACUAGAUAACUACAGGAUUUUAUGUAUGUGCUCACUUGUUUGGUUUGUUGAUUUGUCAUUGGGCAUGAAGGAAGUCGCUUUUGGAAAUGGCUAGGUAAUUAACAGGGAAGUGUGUGAGUGAGUCAGCUUGUGUGUGUGUGUGUGUGUGUGCAUGUCCAUCUUGUUGUUUCUUUUCUGAUGUUUUGUUUAAUUUGCAAAUGAAGGUACACAGAAACACAAAAACAGAUGCUACUUUACCAUGAUGUGGCAAAUGAAGGUUGUUACUGGCGAAAUCAUCCCACGCCAAAGCACACACACAGCGCAGCCUCACUUAUGACAGUAUUAGUAGGCUGACCAGGUGAUGCAGUAGUCCAUCCAAGCUUAUUAAUACACGUCAGUUUUUUCUGUCUCUAACACAUCAUCCAGUCUUUGGGUGACUGCAAAUUAUGAGGACCGUUGUUUAAUACUAUGUAAGAUGAUGAAAAUAUUUACAUUUCAAGUAGACUGAGUCCCAAUGAAUCAUUUCAAUCAUGGGUGGUCACUGAACAGUCAUAACACACUUUACAAAACACAUGGUACCUGUUUACUUGAAAAAACGCUUAGUUUUGCCAGGUUAGUUGCUGUAAACUGCAUUUCUGAGAGUUUGCGUUGGUAAAUGUACAAUGCCAUAUUCGUAGCAAAAUCCUAAUUUCAUUGUUUGUCAUUUAUAAGCUAAAUAAUGGAUUCCUAAGAACAACACAAUUUCAUAUCUAAAAAGAAAAAUUCUUAAAUUAAUGUUGCACCCAUUCUGCUGACCGACUGAAAGUUUCACUUAUUUUAUUUUUAUUUUUAUAAAGCUAGCUAUCAUAAAUAAUGUAGCAAUUAUCUCAAAAAAUGUAGCUGGGUGUAUAAACCUAUAAUGCGAUUAAACAUUUUUAUUGCAUCACACUUUUCCAAAACUGGCUAACUAUGAAUCUAAAAAUCUGUCUAAAAAUUGAUUCUAUUUAUAAAAAUUAAAAAAAAAAUUUAAUAUACAUAUCAGAACAAAAAUCUGGUCAGCCUAUAUAAUCAUGUUCAAAGUGGGUAUCGGUAAGCUUCCUGUCUCUUUAUGUUACAGAGCAUGUGCAUGCAUGUGAGAUCUUGCUACUGCAUAUCACUUCCUGUCACACCAGCCAGGCCAGUUACACACCGAUACACACAGCUGUAAAACUGGGCCUUGAAACAGGAAGUACUUAGUAACAAUGCCAUGCUGUGACUCAGAGAUGGGUCAGUUUAGCCAAUCAAUAUCAGUCUGGGGAUCCUGUUUGUGUCCCAUUCAGCAACUCACCAGCUCAGAAGCAGCUCCAUGACCCCCCAGUUAUGUUUACUGUCCCGAAACCACUGCAUUUGUCUGUUGUGUAUAUUAAUGUCACAAGGCCAUGUAUUACAAUGGUUGAUUUAAUGAUUUAAACUCGAUUUUACCUUACCCAAAUGGCCGAGAAUGUUUUUAUUUUUCUUUCUUUUUUUUUUUUUAGUUCCAGCAACACAUACAUUGUGUGACUCAUAAUAACAAAGUCAUUUCCCACUACCUGCUACACAGUGAAUGAAGAACAAAAAGAUUGUUAUAACUGUACCCUCAGGGUAGGUCAGCAGUGUGGAUUGAAAGAAUAUAAAGGAAAAAUAGAAGAAUGUCAUAGACCCAUGUCCUUUUUGCUGAACGUACAUUUGAUUGCAUUGAGUAAAGGGCUUACUAAAUGUUUACACAAACACGCACACGAACACACACAUAUGCACACAUGCACACGCACACACACGCACACACACACACACACACACACACACACGCAUACCCAUAAUCACACACUCGCUUGCGUAUAGUACACUAUUUGCAUUGCAUACGAACAUGCUUAAGGUCUGUUUAAAGCGCAUGCUUGAAGAGUAAACCUCAACGAGAACGCAUGCUUUCUAGUUGUUUCAUUCCGUGCUUUAGAAAAGAAUGAAGGAUUUUAAAACCUACCAGCAGAAGCAGAAGCCCAGAGAGGGGCUUUGUGUGGAAGAUUCCGGGUCCUUGAUGCACUGCUUUCAGUGUGAAGGAAGGAGUCAUAAGGGCUUAUAUUAAACAAGGUUUCCUUCCAUUGGUACCGCUCUGCAGUGGCUGGGGGUGCGGAUGUGAAAAUUGUAUCAGAGCACAGUGCCGAGGCACACACACACACACCUAUGCACAUGCGUACACACACACACACACACACAUGUAUGUGCAUGUGCAUGCACACACACACAAGCAUGCACACAGACAAACAGGUGAGCACACACACACUUAUAUGAACACCAUGUGGUGUGCACAAGUCCCAGCUUGCAGUUCGGAAAGCUCUGCAUCAAGGUUUUCACAAACUUUUCAGCAGCCACUUAAAGCCAGUAUUCCUCUUUUCAAAUAUUUUUUGUUUGUUUUUCUUUUCUUUGAUACCGAAGUUAUUGAAAUUGUAUACAACUCAUUACAAAAAAAGAGGGCAACCUGCUUCAUAAAUUUCAUCUUUGUUUGGUAGGUGAGAAAUAAUUUGAUAGUUCAUGCCUCUGAAAGACCACAAGGCCAUCAAUGUCACUUAAACGCUAUUAAAGAUCUACUGCACAUUUGCAAUCUCUGCUGAACGAGUUCAGUGCUUCACCUGUCAGUCCCCAUCCAUCGAAAGCAUAACUGGCUGUCAGCUUUCAAAAUGUAAACAGGGUAAGAGAAACUGUAAUAACACCUUCUGAAAUUUAUGUAUCCAUAAUGUAUUGCAUUUCCAGACAUCUCAUCUCUUUUUAACAUACUGCAAGUCAGUCAUGUUACUUUGUUUCCAGCUAAUUCUGGGAAGCAGUAGCCAGAGGUGCACCCAUGUUACACAGAUUCAUCUCUUCACUCAGCUAUUUCUGCUAAUUGCAUUAAUAUUUUUUGUCAUGGGUGAGUCAUGCGUGAAUUGAUCCUUGUCUGUGUCAGCAGCUUGCAUUUGCUUGGUUGAAACUGUUUUGAGUUACAGACUGAAGGAAAAAUACAUUAUUUUGUCAUGCACCUCAUCCCCUGUUAAAUCUAACCCCUCUUCUAUUCCAUUUUUGUUUUUGUUCCUUUUUGUAUUGAGUCUCCAUGUAACAGUAAACAAACAUACUUUGCAGCUUCACCUAAUCUCCCAAAAUAAUAACAUAUGGCUCCACUGUGCGUAAGAACAUAGAAUACUUCGGCCUUGGUGGAAGUCCCCACAAGCCAUUAAAGCAGAUAAAUUAAGGAUUCCACUAGCUUUGUAAGAUGGCUUGUGUGAGUGGAACGUCUACAUUUCAAAGAUUCCCUCAAGAAUAUUAGUCUUGGUGCAUAAAGGAGUCAAAUCCCUGAAACUACAACAAAGUACUCUCUCCUCUCACCCACCAUCUACUUAUUAAUUAUCAACGUUUAAUAGAAUAAGGUAAUUUUUAUAUAACCUGAAGACUGAAAUAGUAUGCAUAAAUGCAUAGCGCAGUUUAAGAAACUAUUUUUGAAAAAAAUGCAGUAUUUUGAUAUUGUUACACAAAUUUACAAAUGUUUUGUUUCAGCUCAGAUUUCUGUAUUUUAUCUAUCAGUGUACAACAGACGAUAAUGUGUUAAGUAAAAAAGAGAACAUACAGUAAAAUAAGCUUUUUUAAAAGAAAAUACUCAAACCCAUUAAUGCCAAACAAAUGAACACGUUAGAAUGCAUGAUCAUUCCGGUAAUGCUAAAGUUAGUCAGAGUGCAAGAGUGAAUGUUUAGAAUAGGCUUGCCUGAUAAUAUUAUCUUGUCACGUUUUGGGUUUGUUCUUGUAGCUUGACUACAGUAAGGAAGUCACAACGAAAGCAUGUAUAAUCUCAAAAAUUUCCCAUUGUUACGCACAGCUGUGGCUGUUUUUGCUUAUCCUGUAUAAAAUUGAUGAAUUUGGGUCUACUACCGCGCAUGAUGUCGCAACCACUAAACUGCAUGUCUGAAAUGGAAGCAUCCAGGAUAUCCUGAGGCCUAGUGCUAGAAACAUCAUGAGCUCAUAAACAUCGCCACACUUCCCCAAUGUGCAUACGUUAUGUUGAAGGAAGGACAAGAAAGAUUUUGAGUACUUUAUUAUGCUUAUGGUGCUAUGCCAUCACCAGGUUGGUAUAGAUCUGUGUAAUAUGCAUUAUCUCCUCACAAAAUUCUGGUUGUAUCUGGUUGGAUGCUUAAACAAGAGGCAUUUCAAUCAUAUUCUUGCAAAUCCAAGUCUGUGAACUCCUGAAAGAAGGAUUGUAGCCCUUGGAGGUGCAAUCGUAAAAAAAAAAAAUGUUCAGUGAAUGUUUCCCUUCUACUCCAGAGAAACAUACAG